AUGGCGGUCGACUUUUCUGCAGAAGAGGCCGCCACUCUCCAGCGCUGGCGAGAAAUCGACGCUUUCCAAACCCAAUUGCGGCUGUCGAAAGGUAACCAGCCCUACACCUUCUACGACGGCCCGCCUUUUGCGACCGGCCUCCCUCACUACGGCCACUUGCUGGCUUCGACCAUAAAAGACAUCAUUCCGAGGUACUGGUCCAUGAAAGGCUACUAUGUCGAUCGGAGAUUCGGUUGGGACACUCAUGGCUUGCCAAUUGAGUAUGAAAUUGACAAGAAGUUCAAUAUCUCGGGGCCUGCGGCGGUGAAAGAGAUGGGAAUUGGCAAAUACAAUGCCGAGUGCAAAGCUAUUGUCAUGAGAUAUGCGACAGAGUGGAGGGAGACCAUUGACCGGUUAGGGCGGUGGAUUGACUUUGACAACGACUACAAGACCAUGAACCCCACCUUCAUGGAGUCUGUGUGGUGGGUGUUCAAGCAAUUGUUCGACAAGGGAAUGGUCUACCGCAGUUACAGAGUGAUGCCCUUCUCGACUGCGUUGAGUACCCCCUUGAGCCAGCAUGAAGCUCAAUCCAACUACAAAGAUACUCAAGAUCCCGCCGUGGUGGUUUCAUUUCCUCUCGUCGAAGAUCCCCAAACCAGCUUAUUGGCAUGGACAACCACACCAUGGACCCUGCCAUCCAAUCUGGCCCUCGCGGUCCAUCCUGACUUCGAGUACAUCCGGUUCGUGGACCAAGAAUCUGGCCACCAAUUCAUCAUGCUCGAGUCGUUGCUACGGACCCUGUACAAAGACCCAAAGAAGGCCCAAUUCACCAUCCUCGAGCGAAUGAAAGGCUCCGAUCUCAAAGGGAAGCAAUAUGUUCCUCUCUUUAACUAUUUUGUCGACGAUUUCCAAGAUCGCGCCUUCCAAGUCCUGAAUGCCACAUACGUCACCAGUGAUGACGGCACUGGCGUGGUUCAUCAAGCCCCUGCUUUCGGUGAAGAUGAUUUUCGAGUGGGCAUGGAGAAUGGCAUCAUCAGUCACAGCCGUCUUCCUCCUAAUCCGGUGGAUGAUACGGGUCGCUUUACCAAAGAAGUGCCGGACUUUGCGGGACAGCAUGUCAAAGAAGCGGACAAACACAUCAUCAAGUACUUGAAAGGGACCGGAAGACUCAUCCGGGAUGGCCAACUGACCCAUCCAUACCCAUUUUGUUGGCGAUCAGACACACCCUUGAUUUACCGGGCCGUGUCUGGUUGGUUCGUCAACAUUGCCGGCAGUGAUAAAGUACCCAGCAUCAUUCCUGAGAUGCUUGAUGGGAUCAUGAAAUCACAUUGGGUUCCAAACUUUGUAAAAGAAAAGCGCUUUGCCGAAUGGAUCAAAAAUGCUCGCGACUGGAAUAUCUCUAGGAAUCGAUAUUGGGGCACGCCGAUCCCACUCUGGGCAAGCGAGGACUACUCCGAAGUCAUGGUCGUUGGGAGCAUCGAAGAGUUGAAGAAGCUGAGUGGCUACGAAGGGGAGAUCACGGAUCUCCAUCGUGAUAGCAUCGACGACAUUACCAUUCCCAGCCAGAAAGGCCAUGGAGUACUGCGUCGUGUGGAGGAGGUGUUCGAUUGCUGGUUCGAGUCGGGAAGUAUGCCCUAUGCCCAAUCGCACUAUCCAUUCGAAAACUCGGAUUUCUUCGACCAAACUUUCCCCGGCGACUUUAUCGCCGAAGGCCUCGAUCAGACUCGAGGUUGGUUCUAUACUCUGGUCAUUCUAGGUAUUCACUUGAAGAAGGUCCUUCCUUUCAAAAAUUGCGUCGUCAACGGGAUCGUGCUCGCCGAGGAUGGCAAGAAGAUGUCCAAACGUCUCAAGAACUAUCCAGAUCCCACCAUGAUGAUUGACAAAUACGGUGCGGAUGCACUUCGUCUCUACCUGAUCAAUUCUCCGGUUGUCCGAGCCGAGCCGUUAAGAUUCAAAGAGUCCGGAGUCAAAGAGAUUGUGGCCAAAGUCCUUCUGCCUCUGUGGAACAGUUACAAAUUCUUCGAAGGCCAAGUCGAGCUGUUGAAGAAGAUCGAGGGUGUCGACUACAUCUUUGAGCCCAAGGCCGAAACCACCAACACCAAUGUCAUGGAUAAAUGGAUCUUGGCCAGCUGCCAGAGCCUUCUCAAAUACAUCAACGAAGAGAUGGCGGCAUAUCGCCUCUACACCGUCGUCCCGGGUUUGCUCAACCUGAUUGACGAAACCACCAAUUGGUACAUUCGAUUUAAUCGAAAACGACUAAAGGGCGAAUUAGGGCUCGAUGAUACUCGGCACGCCCUGAAUACGCUAUUCGACGUCCUGUUUACUCUGGUCCGCGGACUGGCACCCUUCACCCCGUUCAUUGCCGACCUCAUCUACACUCGACUGCUCCCAUACAUUCCUGAAUCUCUGUACGGCGAAGAUAUGCGAAGCGUACAUUUCCUCUCGUUCCCCGAAGUCCGACAAGAGUUAUUUGACCCGGUGGUCGAACGACGGGUAGGACGCAUGCAGAAAGUCAUCGAAUUGGCCAGACAGUCGAGAGAGCGGAGAACCAUGGGCUUGAAGACACCGCUCAAGACCCUCGUGGUCAUCCACAAAGAUCGACAAUACCUUGACGAUGUCAAGUCACUACAAGGAUACAUCACCGAAGAAUUAAACGUUCGAGAUUUGGUUCUAUCAUCGGAUGAAGAGAAGUACAAUGUCCAGUACAGUGUGACGGCUGACUGGCCCGUUCUCGGGAAGAAGUUGAAGAAAGACAUGCAGAAAGUCAAGAAAGCACUCCCUGAUGUCACCAGCAACGACUGUAAGACGUAUCUUUCGGCCAAGAAGAUCACCGUUGCUGGAAUCGAGUUGGUCGAGGGUGAUCUCGUAGUCAGACGGGCACUCAAGGAAUCCGACGAUUCCAGAGACCAAGAAACGAACAGCGACAACGAUGUGCUGACCAUUCUCGACGUGGCGCUAUAUCCCGAACUCGCGCAGGAAGGACUGGCACGCGAAAUCAUCAACCGUGUGCAACAAUUGCGCAAGAAAGCGAAUCUCAAGCCCACGGACGACGUCAAGAUGGAGUACAAGAUACAGGAAGAUCCAGAUGCUAUCGGUUUGGCCAAAGUCUUCGAGGAGCAGAGCGGGUUCAUCGAGAAGGCACUCAGACGACCCGUGGAUAAACAUGUGGUAACAGAGAUCGAGGGACCCGUGGUGAAUGGGGUCAAAGAAGAAGAUAUCAUCGUGGAAGAGGUCCAGGAGGUGCAGAAGGCGACGUUCUUGUUGAGGUUGCUCAAGCUUUGA